AUGUUCAUAUUCCGAAACGGAACCUAUGGCGAAAUAAUGGAAUAUAUGCCGCAGCUGGAUGACUUCUUUUCUCGGGAUAAGCUCGCUUGUCGAAGGGUCUUUGAACGAGGUGAUGACCCGCCAUUUGAGCUUUGGUACCCCAAGAACCAAAUGUGCCUGGCCAUGGAUCCCGAUUCUGUGAACAACACGAUUGUCAGCCUCACCGGUUCUCGUGAGCCAACGAAAUUAUGGUACGGCCCAGUCGUCGGUCUAAUACUCGAGAAAGACACGUAUCAGAAGAAGCUUCGAGACAAUGCUUUUAGCAGAAAGUUGUAUAGCUUUGACGAUGAUGGGCCAUCACAAUGGUGGUCGCCGAAGGUAUUCGAUCCAACUUCACCUCUCCUAGGAUUUCAUAUCUCUUCGAGUCUCGAUAUCUGCCCUCAUAACCCCCAUGCGAUAUGCUGGACCGAAAGAGCAAAGGUCGAGUCUAGCAUCCUCACGAACAGAGCUAACAUUCGUGUAGGAAUCUGUAGUUCGUACAGUUCUGUAUAUCCUCUCUCAAAUACAAGCUGGGACGCAUAUGCGUUACCAUCCCCUGGAUUUGCCUCUCAGCUAUGGACCAAUUGUACAUGUCCUUAUUCUCCCCCGUCGUUAUUGUCGGCGGGCACAAUGGAGCAGUGCGUGGUAAUCGAAUGGUGUCAGGCAGUACAACAGAGCGAAGCUGGACAGACGAGACGAGACGACAAGGAAAAUAUCGCCUCAGGCUUGUCUUUAAGAGUGUUUGCAUCUGAAUCAAGUGAUUAUUCGAGGUCCAACAAUGGCCUCCUGGUGAAUCUGGAUCUAAUCUACGAUCUUAGUUCUUUACAUAAAAAGGAAGGAUGA